AUGACCUUCCCAAUCCCCCUUCUCGAUGUUGUUGUUGUGCCAUUUGGGUUCCGAAGAGCAGUCAUUUCUGCUUCACAAAUGGAACCACUUGUCGCUGCAGUUCGCAGCGGCAUAAUUGGGUCAAAACGACCUGAAGCGCGAUGCAGUUGCCGUAGACUCAUCAAUGUUAACAUGGAUGUUCUCAAGGAAGACUUGCGUGACGCUUUGCAACUGUUAGAAUACACGCCUUUAUUUGAACAAGCUGAAGGAUUCUACCUGCAGACAAUCGAUGAAGCCGAGAAGUUGGAUCUCCAGCUCAGCAAGGAUAGUGAUGUCUUGAGAAGCAUGCUCGAAGAAAAUCCACGUCGAGUCGUAUAUCGCAUGGAAAAGCUGAAAAAGCAGUAUGAAGAACGAUGUGACAAAUCAAGCGCAGCGGGAACAAUGUCUAAUAAACUCGCUGUCUUACGCUCUCGAGUUCCGCAACCUGCAGCUGAUGGAGCAGCAACAGAGGAAUUGGAAGCGGGCGAUCAAGAUGAAGAAGAUAUGGCUGUGGUUGGAGUUGUACGAAGUCACAAAGACCCUCUUGGUGGUGGACUAAUCAAAGAUCCAGUAAAAAGCAAGCACUGUGGUCAUGUGUACGAUCGGGCGACUCUACAACAGUAUAUCUCGGACAAUCGAGCCCGCCAUAAUGCCUGCUACCAGUGUCCGUAUAGUUUGUGUCCUAGUAAGAAGAAUAUGGAUAUGAAAGACAUGGUGGAUUGUCCGGAGUUCCUUUUGUCGUAA